AUGAGCAUUCUAGUCAGAAAAACUAAUAAAUAGAUGGGCUCUCUCAAGUCUUUUAGAACAACUCAAUAGAAAUAAAAACUACCUUAAGUUUCUAAGUACCGUUAUACAAGUACAAAGUUUCAUCCUCUGAAAACAGAACCAGAUUUCAUUAAUGAUUGUGUUAAAUUCUUUACAAUAAGGUAACUAAGCAUCUUAACUUAUUUAGAACACUCUAAGGAAUAGAUGACAAUAUCGAUAAUAAUUAAGAUUGCAUAUUUUAUUCUACUAAUUAUAAUGAUAAUGAAGAUUAGUAUUUGUUUGGGAUAUGUGAUGGACAUGGUCCUGAUGGUCAUCUAGUUUCCAAUUAUGUUGCACAUUAAUACAAAAGAAAAUUAAGAAUAUCAUUGUUUUUUGGAGAUCAUUAAUCAUAAAAUAUUAAAUUGAUGAAUUAAUGUACUAUAGAUAUUGAAAAGGAAAUGCAAUUCAAUGAUGAGUUCAAUUUAAUGUUGAGUGGAACAACUUUAAUUACAAUUUUUAUCAAUGGAGAUAAAAUAAUUUGUUAAAAUAUUGGCAAUUCCAAAGCAGUUUUCUUUUCUAAAUCUCUAUAGUAAUGGUAACAUAAAGAGUUAUCUUAAGAACAUAAACUUUCUCAUAAUUAAGAAUGUUUCAGAAUACUUAAAAGUGGAGGAUAAAUCAGAUAAUUAAGAAAUGAAUUUACUAAUAAAAGAUAAGGACCUUAUUAUGUAUUUUUGUAGGAUCAAAAUAUUCCUUAGCUUUAUUCUACAAGAUCAUUGGGGGAUUCAAUAGGAAAAAAAAUAGGGGUAACAUCAGAAUCAGAAUUUCAAACAUUUUAAAUAAAAUAGGAAGGAUUUUUAAUAAUUGGAACUUGUGGUUUAUGGGAUGUGAUGAGUUAUUAGGAAAUCAUAGCAUAAUUGGAUUAAAUUAGAUUGAUAACUUAAUAAAAAUAAAUUGAAGAAUUAGCAAAUUCUAUAUUGAAUUAUUGUAAAAGAAAAUGGGAAACAUAUUACAACAAUAAUGAAGUGAUUAAAAUUGAAGAUAUCUCCUUCAUUUUAAUUUAUUUAUCUUGA